AUGCGGUUCUACGCAGCGCUGCAGGCCGAGGAUGGGCACUGGGCGGGCGACUACGGCGGGCCGCUGUUCCUGCUGCCGGGUCUCCUCAUCACCUGCCACACGGCCAAAAUCCAGCUGCCCGAGGGGUUCAGGAAGGAGAUGAUACGCUACCUGCGCUCUGUGCAGCUCCCGGAUGGAGGCUGGGGCUUACAUGUAGAAGACAAAUCAACAGUGUUUGGUACAGCCCUCAACUAUGUAGCCUUGAGGAUCCUGGGGGUUGGACCAGAUGACCCUGACAUUGUACGGGCCCGUGUCAACCUGCACAGCAAAGGAGGUGCUGUGGGGAUCCCUUCCUGGGGCAAGUUUUGGCUGGCUGUCUUGAACGUUUACAGCUGGGAGGGAAUGAACACGCUUCUCCCAGAGAUGUGCAGCACUUUCUCUGUUGCAACCAGGCUGCUUCCCACAUGGUUUCCAGCCCAUCCGUCACGGCUCUGGUGUCACUGCCGCCAGGUUUACCUUCCCAUGAGUUACUGCUACGCUAAGCGUUUGUCAGCAGAAGAGGAUGAGCUUAUACGGAGCUUGCGGCAGGAGCUCUAUGUGCAAGACUAUGCCAGCAUAGACUGGCCAGCACAGAGGAACAACGUGGCUGCCUGUGAUGUGUACACCCCACACAGCUGGCUGCUGGGUGCUGCCUACGCCAUCAUGAACGUGUACGAAGCUCACCACAGCACUCACCUGCGGCAGCGAGCUGUCACAGAGCUGUACGACCACAUCAAGGCUGAUGAUAGAUUCACCAAGUGCAUCAGCAUCGGCCCAAUCUCCAAGACAAUCAACAUGUUGGUUCGAUGGUUUGUGGAAGGGAAGGACUCCCCAGCUUUUCAGGAGCAUGUUUCCAGGAUCCCUGACUAUCUUUGGCUGGGCCUUGAUGGCAUGAAGAUGCAGGGCACAAAUGGAUCUCAGCUCUGGGAUACUGCUUUUGCCAUCCAAGCUUUCUUGGAGGCAGAAGCCCAGGAGAUGCCCGAAUUCACCUCCUGCCUCCAGAAUGCCCAUGGGUUCCUCCAGUUCUCCCAGAUCCCAGAGAACCCACCUGACUACCAGAAAUACUAUCGCCAUAUGAGCAAGGGUGGUUUCCCCUUCAGCACGCGGGACUGCGGCUGGAUUGUGGCAGAUUGCACAGCAGAGGGGCUGAAGGCCGUUAUGCUGCUGCAGGAGAAGUGUCCCUUUAUAGCCAAGCCUGUGCCUGCUGAACGCCUCUUUGAUGCUGUGAAUGUGCUGGCUUUGGGCCAGAUUGAAAUAGUACUGCCCAUGAGGUUCCCACUGCCUCUCUGCUUGUCUGGGCAGUUGCUGAGCAUGAGGAACUCAGAUGGAGGCUUUGCCACUUACGAAACCAAGCGAGGAGGCCACUUACUGGAGCUGCUGAACCCCUCGGAGGUGUUUGGUGACAUCAUGAUUGACUACACGUACGUGGAAUGCACAUCAGCUGUCAUGCAGGCACUGAGACACUUCCAGAGCCAGUUCCCUGAGCACCGAACCCUGGAGAUCAGGGAGACUCUGCAGAAGGGCCUGGAUUUCUGUCGCAAGAAGCAGCGAGCGGAUGGGUCCUGGGAAGGGAGUUGGGGGGUUUGUUUCACCUAUGGCACCUGGUUUGGUCUGGAGGCGUUUGCCAGCAUGCAGCACACAUACCACAGCGGGACUGUCUGCCGAGAAGUGGCCCAGGCCUGCCAAUUCCUCAUCUCCAAGCAGAUGACAGAUGGAGGGUGGGGAGAGGAUUUUGAGUCCUGCGAGCAGCGCGCCUAUGUGCAGAGUGCUGAGUCACAGAUCCACAACACCUGUUGGGCCCUGCUUGGCCUCAUGGCUGUCAGGUACCCUGACAUCAGUGUGCUGGAAAGGGGCAUUAAACUGUUGAUGGAUAAGCAGCUGCCCAACGGAGACUGGCCUCAGGAGAACAUUGCUGGGGUGUUCAACAAGUCAUGUGCCAUCAGUUACACUGCGUACCGCAACAUCUUCCCCAUCUGGACACUGGGGCGGUUCUGCCGGCUGUAUCCCAACAGCCCUCUGGCUGGGCAGCUGCCAGCCAGAGCCAGGCCUUCAGCUGAGGCAGGGCAGGAGGAGCAGAGAGCCCUGUCUGCUUGA